ACAAAUCACACCCCUCCUCAGGAGUCCUUCAGUCCUCACGUGCUGCCAGAAAGCAGAGCUUAAUUCAAGAUGAAAUUCGUGCUGCUUUUCGUCUGCAUCCUUGGGUUGGCCAUCUGCGCCCCUCCGCAGACGUACAUGGAGUUUGACAUCCAUUACGCUCCAGCUCAGGCAGCCCAGGCUAUACCUGCUGGAGCUCCAGUUGGAAGUUUGGAUGUUCUGCUCCCUGUUGAUGCCCACAGGCAGCCUGUUGCAGGAGCCGUCCGUGGUUUCAUCAAGCAGGAGAUCCUCCAGCCAAAUGGCAGAGACACCAAAGACGUGUACAUCCCAUUCGGUUUUGACCCCCCAGCUCCCGCUGCAGCUGCCCCCGUUGUCCCCGUUGCCCCUGCUGCUCCUGCUGCACCUGCUGCACCUGUUGUACCUGUCGUUGCUGUUGCUGCCCCCGCUGCCAAACCCACGGGUGAUGAUGACGAUGAGGAGGAUGACUAAAAACAUUGCAGUCAGCAGGAUCUGCACACAAAGGGGUGACCACAGGUGUGAGACCACUAGCCAACCCUCAUGAACAAUGACCAGCUAGCAAUGUUAUUUUCUACAUAAUGAAAAACUUGGUGCUAUGCGUUUUAGGAGAAAAGGAUGCUCUGCAGGUGGUGCUGUAUUUUCUUUUUCAUUUAGAAAAAGUGGAAACAAAGCUAAUUGUCUCAUGAUAAAACAGAGUGCUAUGCAGUGAAAUAUGAUUGCAUUCACCUACAUCCAAUAACACGUUUCUUCUGUCAAAGUAACUAUUUCUGUGCUUCAAGACAAAUAAAAAGAAUUACUCAUUAAA